AUGUUUUGUACACGUGCCGGAAUAAUUAUUUACGAAUGUAAAUUUUACGUUUUUACAAGAAAUCAGGGACGUGUUAAGGAUAUGAGAAAGAAUGAAAAAUUUUAUGGGAAGGAAUUGACGACAAUCGAAAAUUUUAAAACAGCAACAACAACAACAACAACAACGACAGGAGGAAAGAACAACACGCACACCGGUAUGUUAAAUGUCUUAUCAUUCGAAAUGAAAACGAAUUAA